GCUCCGAGCAACACCAGAGACUCUCCCAUCUCAAUGCCGUCCACCAGAGACAGACACAAACUGAGGAAGCCGGCGGUGGAGAAGAUGCGCAGAGAUCGCAUCAACGGCUGCAUCGAGCAGCUCAAGGUUCUGCUGGAGGAGGAGUUCCACGAGCGGGACCCCAACGCCAAGCUGGAGAAGGCCGACGUCCUGGAGAUGACGGUGGGGUUCCUGAAGCGGCAGCUGAGGCUGCGUCCUCGGGUCUCGGUCGAUCACGUGGCGGCCCACGGUGACGGCUACUCCCGCUGCUGGGAGGACACGCUGCACUUCCUCUCCACCGGCUCCCCGGAGGAGGCGACACCUCCACUGCGUCUCUGGUACACGCAUGACGCACCGGCCCUCUCCACGCACAGCCACGUCCAGGCUGCAGCGAAGCCGCCGCCGCCCGGCACCGACAGGGCGGUGUGGAGGCCCUGGUAGUGGAGCUGGAUCAACACCCGGAUCAUCAAAGCCCCCGUAGGAGACUGAGCUUCAUCGUUUCCUCCUCUUUAAUUCUGGAGACUUUUUAAAGAUGUCUUCAUAUUGAAGGAAAGAAAGACGAUCAGUUUGUGCUCCGUUGACGCACUUUUUUAAUCCUCCUGUUUUCCUGUGAGGACUGUUUUGUAGAGACAGUGUCGUCAUAUGUCGUCAUACGGUGUCGUCAUGUGAACGGUGUCGUCAUGUGAACGGUGUC